GACGCAUACCAUCAUCACGCCGCCUGUGGCGCACCCUAGACGUCGAAAACAGACAUCUCCUAGAAAGAAUUUGCGCUGGAAAUCUUAGCCAUUGCUCUGAUACCUGACAAUGCCCAAGAUAUCCCAAUACGAACUAGAGCGGGAAGCCAACAUCGCCCGCAACCGCGCCCUCCUCGCCGCGCUCGAGCUUGACAACGCUAGCAAGGAUCUUGGAUUCCCGGCGAAGCCCCCUCCAGAUGCGAAGAAGGAUACACCGAAAGCCAAGCCCGUGCAGCCACGGAAGAAGCGGGAGAGGAAGGAGGAAGUGCCUGUCCCUCGUCGGCAGAGCACGCGCUUGAGGACUACGAUCGACCCCAAUGAGAGCCCGUCGAAGAAGAGAAAGCGCGAGGCCGAGUUUGAAGCUCGUCGAGCCAAGGAAGAAGCCGAACGUCUCGAGGCCGAAGAGCGCGCAAGAGAAGCUAAGCGCCCGCGCCACCAAGACCUUGACCUCCGCACCAUCGUCGAGGACAUGGAAGACGGCGAGAUGACCGCCUUGCUGGCUGCUAUGAAGCUUCAGUCUGAAGACAGCGCGAAGCAAUCGCCGUCGAAGAAACAAUCCCCGUCCAAGUCUAAGAAAUCACCCUCCAAGUCGCCCGUCAAGUCCGAGUACACGACAGGUUGGCGCCGGGCCGCCGACCCAGAAGCAUUUGUGUACUCCGCCUCCGAAUCGAAGAAGGAAAAUGCUGAGGUGACCGCCCUGCGCGAGUCGCUGCAGGACUUGCAGAUCGUGUCGCGGGCGAAGGUGACGCAGGACCGCGUGUAUAGCGUAGCGUAUCAUCCGGAGAAAAGCAAGGAUUUGAUCUUCUUUGGGGACAAGCACGGACAGCUGGGUAUCUGGGACGCACGAGCCCCCACGGACGAAAUCGCGGACGAGGACGGCGAGGCCUCGGACCCGUCGACAGAGGAAGGCGGCAAGUACUGGCGACUGCAGCUGCAUUGGCCCGCUACCUCCAAGUCCUCCAUCUCGACGAUCAAGAUCGACCCGGUAAAUAGCCAGACGGUCUACACCACCUCCUACGACUGCACCCUGCGCUCGCUCUCGUUUGAGUCCGGCGUAUCACGCGAGAUAUAUACCGCGGAGGGCGGCGCAUUGCUGUCGAGUGUCGACAUGCCGCCAGCCGGGAACGAGAUGUGGAUAUCGGACGCGGCGGGCGGGGUGGUGCAUUUGGAUUUGAGGGAGGCAAGGGGGAAGGCCCGAUACUUCGGUCUCUCAGGGGACAAGAUUGGCGCCGUGAGCGUAAAUCCCUCGAGACCCAAUUUCCUCGCAGCGGGAAGCAAUGAUCGGACUGUAAGAAUCUGGGACACCCGCCAACUCACGAAGGACCCGCGCGUCCUAGGCGAGCCAGACGAUGAUCUGGGCACCAGUUCGGAUGUUCAAUCGGCUUGGGGUUACGAUGCCAUCACCACUUACGAGUCUGAGUCCGGUCGAGCGCUGAUGCGCGGCGAGUGGAAGCACGACAAGGCGGUCGGGUCGGUCUAUUGGGAUGCGAGGGGGCGGAGUCUGGUCAGCACGAGUUACGAUGAUAAGUUGAGAGUUUGGGACUUCAAGUCCUCGGCAUUCAAGACAGAUAGCCAGUUCCCGAGCAUGCGCCCCUUGCGCGUUAUUCCGCAUAACUGCCAGACAGGCCGCUGGCUUACACCCCUCCGCGCGCGCUGGACGGAGAACCCGGACGUCUACCCGCACUUCACGGUCGGGAACAUGCACCACUCGUUGGAUAUAUUUUCGGCGAAGGGGGAUUUGCUGGCAAGGUUGGAGGAUAAGACGAAGAUCACUGCAGUGCAAGCGGUUACAUGCUCGCACCCGAGCAUCGUAGAGCGCGCAGUCAGCGGAAAUGCAAGUGGACGAUGCGUAUUGUGGGCGCCAUCGGAAGACGCCUGAGAGGGUUUUCGUUGUGGUCUAUUUUCUUGGAUCAUAGACAACGUCCGCCUUGUUUAGUGGAGGAAUUAUAAUGUUAUCAUGCAUGGGAUGCAUGGGAAGACAAACACUAUAAAAGAAGUGUGUGUAU